AUGUAUUGGAAUUUUAAUUUGCAUAUCUGCCAACGACUUGACUAUUUGUCAUCUUUUAUGACGCGGAUCCGCGGCACAGUAGGAGAGGUGACGCCGGCCGACAGCGCCUCACCACCAGCUAUUGUUUGGCGGCGGCAAGGAGAAGGGCACUUAGGAUUUGCUGCGUUGUGCAUGGCUAUUGAAGUUCAGCAUCGCCAUGAUGUGUAUGGUUUCUCUAUUUUCCUCAUAUCACCAGGUUCUGAAUUUUACAAACUGCUACGUGACGCACAGUGGCCAGGCCAUGCACUGGUGAGAUUCAUGGUGCAAUCGAGCAAGAGUCGGUUCGAGGUGAGGUGUGUCACGUUGAUCUCCUGCUGCUCACCAGCGAGGCUCCAUGACGAGCGGCCAGAUCCACGCGAGGUGGAUGUGACACGCACGGCCCUCUCCCCUCCAUCCUUUCUCUUUCCUACAACUACUAUGUCUUUGUACCUUCUUAUAUUGCUCUUUCAUCCAUGGUGA